AUGGGAACUAAUGAUAUUGACGAGUGUGAGAGCAGACUUCACAACUGCACCCUGGACCAGGUGUGUGUGAAUACGUACGGGGGGUUCCAGUGUGUGCAAGUGGAGUGUCCUCGCAUCACAAACGCCACGUACAUCAAGACCUCUCCCAUGCGGUGUGAGAGGAACCCGUGUGUGGUGGGGGACAAGGCCUGCACCCAGGCUCCCAACUCCGUCUCCUUCCACUUCAUGCCCGUGGUCUCCAACAUGUCCGCACCAAGGGUGCUCUUCCGGGUGUCUGCGGCCCGUGUGCUGGGUGACACGCUGCGCUUCGGCCUGCUGGGAAGUCGCGGCCGCAGCCACUUUACCAUGCAGCGCUCUGGCAGGCAGACGGGCACCCUGCUCCUGGUGAGCCCUGUGCAGGGCCCAGCUACACUGGAGGCAGAGGUAGAGAUGAGCGAGCUGGAGAGACAAGCCCUGCUGGGACGCUACCUCACCAAGGUCACCCUUUUCGUCUCCCCCUACGUUUUCUAGAGUGAUGGAAAGGAAGAAGGGAGGAGGGGGUGAUUAGAGAGCACUGUCAGGUGUGGAACUGGAGGAGCAAAUCGAACCACUGGGAGAGCAUUGUGGAUAAUGGCGAAGGGGAGGCCUCUGUGUAGAUGGGUGUGGGUUUUUGCUGUCCUUUACAGGAAGUCCUGAACCAGCCAUACUGUUAAUGUGGAUGUUUUCUCCCUUUGUCUGUCGGUAGAGGGAUCAUAGUAAUGUAAAUAGUGGUUUAUAAACAUUCCUCAGGCUUUAGGCUGCUCUCUUGUUAUCACCUUGGAGAAUUUGAGGUAUUUGUAUGAGUAAACCAGAAUGGUUCGGUGUGUUUAAUUUCAGUGGGGAAUACAAUGUGUUUCUUUGGGCUAUGGAAUCUGUAGCUCUAAUAUCAAAGGCAGACCACCACAUCAGCUAUAAUGCAUAUACAUGAGAAAUGUAUUAAGAGUUUCAGUAUUUUAGUGGUAUACGUCUGUAUUAAUUGUUUUGUACAUGUUCGGUUUUGUGUAAGGUAUUUGUGAUUGCAGGUCCUCUUCAAACUAUAUGUACUGUACCUUUCUUCAUUUCUCAGUUGUUACCAUUUUGGUUUAUUGGAUAUUUCCUGAAUAGUUCAUAGAAUAAAAAUGGAUCCAUUUACCAAUA